AUGAACAAUAAUGAGAAAUUCGACCAGCGGUGGGAGUUCAGGCGGAAAGAGGUCGAUGCCGACACCUCGAGUGAUGACAGCCAACCAAAUGCUAGUGGGCCCCAGGCUGUGAAGCGGUCCAAUAUAGUUGCUGGCCUCGUUUUGCUCGAAAAUGAUGAAGCAAGUGACAGACCGAGUUUAGUCACCGACGAAAAGAAAACCAAAUCAAGCAAGAAGGUGAAAGGCAAGAAUAAUGCCGUUCUAAAGAAAUCAAACAGCGGGCCAAUCAGGAAAAAUAAGCGGAACAAAAAUCUCGAGGACGAGCAUGUGGCCAUGUUUGAAGACCUCAAGGCCUUUGCCGAUUCUUUAAUGCAAGAACUCACGGGCGACCGGGAGAAUAUGGUUACGCAGUUGAAGGACGAGAUGAAAAAGCUGGCAGCCAUUGUGUCAAAAAAGCCGGUUAGGAAGAAGACUGCGAGAUGUUCCCAGAAGAAUCAAGUGAAACCCAAAAAUUGUACGGUUAUUAGAAACACGAAAGGCAAAGUGGGGUCUGAUGAACGUAAAUCGACAAAACCAUCAUCCGAGCCCGUGGAGAAAAACGAGGAAGUUUUACAACUGACCAAAAAUGAUGGGCUAAGCAAAGGUGACAAUGGAUUGACUGUGCCGCCAGCUGUCAUCCCAAAACCGCAGCUUCAAAAUCCGAGAACCCAUUUGCCUUUGGGCGAUCACAAAUUUUAUCGGCAAUAUGCAGGAUUUCGUCCGGUAGAACAACAGCUCAGGAGCUUUUCCAGCAUUUCGAAUUCAAGCGGAAGCGUGGGUUUGAUUGGACAAAACUACCCCCGAGCGCCUGGCAUUCCUUUCCCCGUCCCACUUGGUCAUCUUGGGUCGGACAAAGGGUCCAAUGUUUCGAGCUUGACUUACUGUGAUAUCCCGUUGGCGGAUAAGGUCCACGAUGCGAGCCCGAGGUUGAACGGCAUUAAUAAUGUGAAUUUUAGGCAGGGGAAUCAAAUGUUAUCGCGGCAAUAUUUUCCUUAUAAUAUGCCUGUGGUGAGGCCACAGGAAAUGAAGGAUGGCCAAUUUUGCUUGGCUGGUUUGAGAAAUCAACAGUGA